UUUAGAUUUUGACCUCAGAGAAGAACAAGAUGACAUCGGCGGAGUAUGUUUAUGAGGAUGGAAAGUUUGAGAUAACUGACAAAAUGAAGAAAGAUUUCGACAAUUAUGGUUACAUAAUGGUCAGAAAACUUCUUGAUAGUACUGAGCUACAAAAAGUGAAAGAAGUGCUUGAAGACAACAAAGAAAUCACCAAGCAUUCUUAUGGAAUCUCUGAUGGAUCAGGAAGGGAAUGCAAGAUGGCGCUGUGGAGUCAUCCAGGAAGUGAUGUCACAGGAAUGGUGGGGAGGUGUGAGAAAAUAGUUAAUACCAGUGAAAAGUUACUUGGUGGAGAAGUGUAUCACUAUCAUACUAAACUUAUGAUGAAAGAAGCAAAAACAGGAGGAAGUCACUUAUGGCAUCAGGACUAUGGGUACUGGUACAAGAAUGGUUGUCUGUUUCCAGACUUGUUAACUGUGUUCAUUGCAAUAGACAAGUGCAACAAAGCAAAUGGAUGCUUACAGAUCCUGCAAGGUUCUCACAAAUGUGGAAGAAUUGAACAUUUGAUGGUGGCUGGUCAAACUGGGGCAGAUGUAGAGAGAGUGAAAGAAAUUGAAAAAGUGUGCCCAAUGGAGUAUGUAGAAAUGGAACCAGGUGAUGCACUGUUUUUUCACAGUAAUUUGUUACAUACCAGUGGCCCCAAUAACAGCGAGUUGAGAAGAUGGGCAUUUCUUGUGGCGUACAAUACCAAGGCCAAUAACCCUGUCAUUCCCCAUCAUCAUCCACAGUACACUCCCCUGGAAAAGGUGUCAAAUUCUGCUAUAAGAGAUUGCACCAACCUGACAGACAUGACUGGAAAGGAAUUUUUGAACCCAUCUGUAGAUAAAACUGUCAAACUAGAUAAAAAGGCUGGAUGAAUCGAAAUUCACCUCUACGAAACAGACUGAAAUCUUAUCAUUUGAAUCAUUACAUAUGCUUGAAUACAUAUGCAUUAUUUGUUCUUUGAUACAUGUAUAAUAAAUGUAAGCUUUAUACAUUGUUCAUAUUCCAUAGUGGCAAUGCAAUUUUUUGUUAAUUUUACUCACCUACAUUCAUGUACUACAAUCUUUCAUAAUACAAAAAGGAACAUUUUCCGUUAGUACUUACCAAAGCAUGAUUUGUUAUGUAUACAGUUCAUAUUGAAAUACCAUACCUGGAGAGAAACCUUCCCAACUGAUAAAUGUGCCAUACAUCUUUAUAUAUAUUGAAAAAAUGUUUGUUCUUUCAACUGUGUCAGCAAUGUUGUGCAGUGUAAUUGCAAAAACAUAGUUUAAUAACCUUAAUUACUCUUGUUUGUGACAUACCUUAUUUUUAUCAUUUUUAUGGAACAUUUUCAUGAAAAAAAUGUAUUUACCAGUUUCAUAUAUAUUUGCAACAAUUUACAAUUUUGGCUCAUAUAUUUGGUGCUGAUAAAAUUUACAAAAAAAGAAGCAAGAUUCAUUUUAUCAUUUACAUUAUGGAUUCACUGGAGAUGAGAAAGAAAAAGUAAUGAAGGCAAUAAAUUUAAGACACUGUU